UAACACUUCGCGGGAUAUUUGUUUACAUCAAUCAACUACAAGCUCACGAUCAACAUUUAGAGUACUUGGCGUAUUAAACCAGACGGUGCAAUAUGCCACCAAGGAAAAAGAAAAGGAAAUCAUCUGGUAGUCAUAGUAAAGACCUGACCACCAAAACGUUUGCGGACAAUGAAAUCAACAACUGGAAGAAAAUGGACAAGACAACCGAAGAAUUCCUUAUUGAGGUCCUUGAUGAAGGAAUCAGUACAAUAACAACCAAUAGUAAAAAAGAGCAGUACUCCGAGAUCAACACCCACCUCAAGGAAAGCAGACAUAGAUUGGUGAAGAAAUGGAGAGAACUGAAAAUGCCUAAAAACACGUUUGGCACUUACAAGGGUUUGCGGAAACUAAACGCGAGCUACACAUCCAUUUUGUCAGAGAUGGCUGAACAUGCGGAGGAACUGGAAAGGGCCGUUCAAAAAGCAGAGAAAUCUUGUAAAGCUAUGGAGAAGGAAUUGAAGAAAAGGGAUCAGUGUUUACAGGAAGAAAUAACAGAUCUGCACCCUUUGAUGAGAGCUCCUUUCUCAACAUCUCUGGAAAUUCCACCCAUACCAAGAUUUGUAGAAGAUUCCUGAAAAACCUGGGAUUACAGAUAUUUGGUGGAUAUAUGAACUGCGUUAAUCGCCGUUUGUACAAAGAUUAAUGUCAGAUUUUUACAAGGAUCCUGCAUAAAUACCCAAAAAGUCUUGAUUUCUGACAUUCUUGGAAAUAUUAGGGCCCAUUUUUGGGUAUUCAAUAAUCAUCUGUGACUAGAUUUGUAUUUGGUCGCAAUUUCUGGAAGAUUCUUGGAGACUUGGGCCUAGAUUUAUGAGAGAUUUGGAUUCCCAGACAUCCGUUUGGGUGCUUGUCAAUAUUGCUCAUUUUGCUGCAUUACGAUUAAAAUAUUUUCCUAUACAUAUGGCUAACAAACUGGAAAAGGAUUUUGAUUAAUUUGUCAGAUGAGAACGAAAAUUUUCUGAAGACAUUUUGUGAGGUCAUGGUUCAUAGGGACAUCAAUUGUUUUGUACAAACAAACAUACCAGACAUUGUUGAUAACAUUAUUGUGUGCAAUAUUGUUUUUGAGAAUUGUAAUUUUACUAAUUCAUGUAUACACGUGUAGUUUAGCUAUCAUGCUGUCUGAAGAUAAUAAAUCUUUAGUUUGUGUA